AUGCUAAGAAAGGCAACAUCGAUUGGGUUAUUCUCUUCACGAAACGUGACACAUGCCGCUGGUUUGACUGUGCCGUCUUUCGGUUUUCGUCCUCAGGAAUGGUCACAGGCAUCCAGCACUGGAGCAGUGCGUCAUCGCAGCAAUCGAUCAAAACGAGGUCUCUACGAUGGCAAAGACAUUCGAUCUGGAAACAACGUUUCUUUUAGUAUGAAAUCGACAAAGCGAAAGUUCAAGCCAAAUGUCUUUACCAAGAAAGUAUAUUCUGAGAUUCUUGAUGAAAUGAUCAAGUUUCAUCUGACAACCUCCACACUCCGUUCGAUUGACAAUGCUGGCGGGUUAGACAACUAUCUAUUGACAAGCAAACACGUUACUUCGGGAGAGGGUCUAGUGGCGAAGAAAAGAAUCGUGUCUCGGCUAAAAUUGAAUGAGAAAAUGGAGAAGUGGAAGCUAGAAGAUUCUGACUCAGUUGAGUCUCAAGAACAGUCAAUUUAA